AUGAUUGGGAUUAUUAUCUCCCUCCUUGUCAUUUCAAUCACCAAAAUUCAGUUGAUACCUCUCUAUUUAAUUCAUUUUUUCUCUUCCCUUCUUUUUCUCUUCCACUCUCUUUCUUCUGUUCUUUUCUUUUUCUUUCUUUUCUUCCUCUCUUUUUGUUCUCUUCCUUCCUUUAGUUAUCAAUCUUCUCUUCCGCCAUUUUUCUUUAUUCUCUUCCUCUCUUUCUCCUUUUCCACUCAUUCUUUUUUCUUUCUUCUCUUUAUCCUUUUUUUCUUCUCAUUCUCCCUUUUACUGCUCUUCUCCUUUUAUUCCUUUCCUUUCUUUUUCCUUCUUCUCUUCCUCCUUUUUCUCUACGUCUAUUUUUCAUUUCCAGGUUUUCACUUACGUCACUUGCUCCCUUUUUUCUUUAUUCUCUCUUCCCUUUUUCUUUCUACUUUUCUUCUCUUCCUCUCUUUUUCUUUCUUCUCUUCCUCUCUUUCUUUCUUAUCUUCGUCGUUUUUGUUCUCUUUCACCCUUUUCAUUUUCGUCUCUUUCUCUCUUUUUCUUUCUUCUUGCCCCUCUUUUUCUUUCUACCAAACCUUCCUUUUCUCGUGCCUUUCGACGCAUGAAAUAAUCAAGAGACAUUCAGAAAGCAAUUGA